AUGGAGAGUCUGAGUGAACUUCAGAACCCGUUGCUGCCUAGGAGCCCUGCCCACCUCCACGGUCCCUGUCCCUACCCGGAGGCUCCACCCAGCUGGUCCUGCCAGGAGAAGCUCUACUCCUACCUCCUGGGUGGCACUGGGCCUACUCGAACCCACCAGCUCCUGGACCCAGGGUCCCUGCAGCUGGCCGUGGAGGCCUGGUACCGGCCCAGCUGCCUCCUGGGGAGGGACAAGGUCAAGGAGCCCAAGGCGGGCAGCUGUGAGACCAGCUUCACAGAGGGCAGGGAACCCCAGGCAGGGCCCACCGAGCUGCCCACGGAACCCGGCCAAGCUGAAGAGGAUGUCACCAUCCAGACAGUGUCCUAUGGAGUUCAGGAGGAGCUGCAGGGCCAGGAGGACGACCAAGAAGAGGACGAGAGUGAUGCGACUUCCACAGAGAGCGAAAGCGAAGACAACUUCCUCACGCUGCCUCCCAGGGACCACCUGGGGCUCACGCUCUUCUCCAUGCUGUGCUGCUUCUGGCCUCUGGGCAUUGCCGCCUUCUACUUCUCCCAGGGGACCAGCAAGGCCAUCUCCAAGGGGGACUUCCGCCUGGCCAGCACCACCUCCCGCCGGGCCCUCUUCCUGGCCACACUCUCCAUCGCUGUGGGGGCCGGUCUCUAUGUGGCCGUGGUGGUGGCUCUGGCAGCUUACAUGUCCCAGAAUGGCCAUGGCUAG